AUGCGAGGGCUACCGAAGAGUGAACGUCCUCGGUCUAAGAAUAUAGUUCGAAAUGGGACUCUGAACGUGGGUUCGCUCACUGGAAAGUUCCGAGACGUCGCCGAUCUAAUGAAGCGCAGAAAUAUCCAAGUCCUCUGCCUUCAAGGGACCAGCUGGAAAGGAGCAAAGGUUAAGGAAAUCGGAGAGGAUGUCAAACUUUACCACAAGGAAAUGGGGAUGACACCAAAGGAAAUGGUGUGA